CCUUUUUUUUUUUUUUUUUUAAAAAAAAAAAAAAUCAAAAAAUCAAAAAAGGAGAACUGGGACGGAAGGACUCUUCUCUCCAGCCUUUCUUGAGAUGAAGAUGCCUUGACUUUCUCUUCCAAUACCCUUAAUUGCUCCCUGCAAACCAUACCUUAGACAACGGCGACCUUCCCAACGGUUUUCGGAGCCUCCAGCCAUGGGAUUCUCUCACAUGGGCUUCUGUGUUCCACAACACAAGUUCGAUGAGACCGUCUCCUUUUACCUCGCAGCUCUCCAGCCACUCGGGUACAAGGAGAUGAUGCGGCCCGUGGACAAUGUGGUCGGCCUGGGUGUAUACUAUCCGGAUUUCUGGAUCACCGGAGUGAAAUCCGACGACAAUCAAGAUGCAGAUGAAGAUUCGAAGCAGCAGAAACCCCUACAUGUCGCCUUCAGCACGAACAGCCGAGAGCUCGUUCACGCCUUCUACGAUGCGGCUUUGAAAGCCGGUGCGAAGUGUAAUGGGAAGCCCGGCCCGAGACCGCAGUAUACACGGCUUUACUAUGCGUCGUUUGUGCUGGACCCGGUGGGCAACAAUAUCGAGGCUGUAUGUAUGUGGCCGGCUUGGACGCAUUGGCGGUAUUGGUUUGGAACGGGGGUGUUUGGGAAGAGUGGGACGAGAACGGUUGAGGGUACUACCGGUGACCAGCCCCCCGAGUCCUCAUAGGAGUAUAGCAGCUCAAAGCGGCCUGUGCCUUUGUGUGGUAGUACUUCUUUUUCUUUCCACCUUCUACCCAAACAGGGUGGGUGUUGGUUUGCUCUCCAACCUUCACAUCAAAGAAAACUUGCCGUUUGAUGGAAAACAUGCACCAAAUAUUUCCUGUUCAGGACAUGUAUACAUACUAUCUUUUUGUGAACCUUUCAUCAUUCCGAUUUACUCCCUUAUAUAUCACAAUACGCUCCAAAGAUAUAGGAACCUAUGUCAGCCACUAAGAACAGCAGAAGGCUUCAGCAGAACACCUUUGGGAGGCUUUUUGAGGUAGAACCCAAAGGCAGAGGAACGAACCUUCCCAAGUUUCUCAAAACAUAAAACUCAAGCAACAGGAACAGGAACAAGCUUCAGGUAUUACAUCAUUAAAUUCCUCCCAGCAAAGGGGGCUCCUAACACGCUCCCAUGACAUCAAAGACAUGCAUCGCGUAAACCAGCUAAUUCACAUUAUAAAAGAAAGCCCAAGGGUGGUGGUUGGUUGGGUGGGUGUUGGAAAAGUAAAAAGAAUAAUCAUAACAGCCCAAAUGAGAUAUAAAAAAAAACAAAAAAAGACAUAUCUUAUCGAGUGAGCAAAGGGGGUAUUUCCGCCAGAUUUCUGGUAUAUUUGCGUGAUGAACAAAAUAUAAUAAAAUAAGCUUUGAUACAUUUUUCGAAUGUUUCCUUUUUCCCUUACCUUUUUUUUUGCUUUAUAUUGCUUAAUUGUAUCCUCCGGUGGAUACAGGCAUGGGCCAGUCAUCUUCUGUUAUACUACUCCAGAAGAUCCAAACCAUACCGACGGAGAGAAGAGUGAAGAGCGUCUCGAAUAAAGCACCGUUGAUCUUGCCAUCCGAUGCAUGGCAGAGGUGGGUGCUAAUAGCGAAGUCAAAUAUCUGGCCAAAUGCAAAGAGCAAAGCGGCGCCCGAAAGGUACA